AUGGAAAUGAACAUCAAUGAUCUACCUGUUAAUAAGGAAAGGAGCGAUUUCCAACCCCAUUCAAAUAUUCAGAAAGAUACCGAAAAAUUACAGAACUAUUGUGCAGAGGAAGAUAAGACAGGAAAUUCCGAAAGACACAUCAACACACAUGUAAGUAAAAAGUCAUUAAAGUGUAACAGUUGGAAAGAUUCAACUAGUUCAGGUCACUUACAGAGACAAAUAAGUUCUCAAACCAGUAAGGAAAGUUUUAAGUGUGAAAUUUGUGGGAAGGCAUUGUCUGUAUCAGAUGACUUUGCUGGCUACAUGAGGACACAAACUGGUAAUGUAUCUUAUUGUUGUGAUGCAUGUGCAAAAACUUGGAACCAAUCAGGUGCCUUACAGAGAAAUACGAGGAUAUUCACAGAUAAAACACAGUAUAAAUGUUAUGUAUUUGAGAUGUCAUUCAGUGAGUCACAAAACUUGCAGACACACAUGAAUACACACACAGCUGAAAAGCCUUAUAAAUGUGAAGUGUGUGAGAAGACAUUCAGUUGGCCAGGAAAUCUAAAGAGUCACAUGAGGACACAUACUGGUGAAAAACCAUACAAAUGUGAUGUGUGUGGAAAGGAAUUCAUCCAGUUACGGCACUUACAGGAUCACAUGAGGACACAUACUGGGGAAAAACCUUAUAAAUGUGAUGUGUGUGAGAAGGCUUACAAGCACUCACAGAGCUUAUGGAGUCACAUGAAGACACAUUCUGGUGUAAAACCUUACAAAUGUGAUGUGUGUGAAAAGAGUUUAUCUGGAGCAAAAGCCCUACAGGACCAUAUGUUGAUACAUACAGGUGAAAAACCUCACAAAUGUUAUGUGUGUAUGAAGGCAUUCACUCGUUCAAGGGACUUACAGACUCACACAAGGACACAUACAGGUGAAAAACUAUAUACAUGUGAUUUGUGUGGGAAGGCAUUCACUUGUUCAAGUGAUUUACAGAGUCACAGGAGGAUAUUACAUUCAGAGGAUAAACCUUAUAAAUGUAAUAUGUGUGAUAAGGCAUUCACUCGUUCAGGUAGCUUACAGAUUCACAUGAGGAUCCAUACAGGAGAAAAACCUUAUAAAUGUGAUGUUUGUGGAAAGGCUUUCAACAAUGUAAGUAACUUAAACUGCCACAUGAAGCUACACAAAGGUGAUAAAUCUUAUCAAUGUGAUGUGUGUGGGAAGGCAUUUAACCAAUUGCAGAACUUACACAAACACAGAAGGAUACAUACAGGUGAUAAACCUUAUAAAUGUGAUGUGUGUAAAUGGACAUUCAACCAGUUGCAGGCUUUUAAGGGUCACAUGAUGACACAUACAGGUGAUAAACCUUAUAAAUGUGAUGUGUGUGGGAAGGCUUUCAAACAAUCAGGUGGCUUAAAGAAGCAUAUGAGGACACAUACAGAUGAUAAACAUUAUAAAUGUGAUGUUUGUCAGAAGGCAUUUAACCAUUCAAGUCAUUUAUUGAAUCACAUGAGAAUACAUACAGGUGAUAGUCACUCAGUCAAACAUCUUACAAAGUCACACGAGGACACAUACUGGAGAAAAACCUUAUAUACAUGCGAUGUAUGUGGAAAGGCAUUUUACCGUUCAAGUUGCAAACUGAGACACAUGAGGAUACAUACAGGUGAAAAACCUUAUGAAUGUGGUGUAUGUGGACAAAAAUUCAGCAGAUCAGAUACCUUACAAAAACACAUGAGGAUUCAUAUAGGUAAUAACAUAAAAACGAAGUGUAUAGAAGAUGGAAUAGUCUGUCAAAAUGACAUGUAAAUGAACAUCAGUGAUAUAUCUAUUAAUGUGAGCUGUCUCCAAAUCAGAUUUAUAAAAGAAGAAAAUAAAGUGACAAAUAACAACUUGUUAAAAAAAUAUUUAAUAAAGAUCUGAAUUAUUUUUGACAUUACCAGAUUGCCCCCACAAAAGUCACAUUUUGAAAACUUCAUGAAAUGUGCUGAAUUC